UGGUCGGACAUACCCGGAGGGGUGCAUUACAAUUAGCCGGAUAACUAAUUAAUAAACGAACGUCUUCGUGAAAGUCGCCUUCUAGCUGCUAUUGUGAAUGGAUCGGUCGGAUUUUUUAGACGCUGUUCUCUUGUCCGCCGUCAGACGGGACUUUUGUGCACAGUUGUCUGCGUGGGUAAUAGAUUUUAUGUAGGAGUCGGUGUUUUGAGCAGCGCUCCGUCACGGCUGUCGUGUCGGCGGCGACGGCGCGGUGUUCCGCUUCGGUUCGUGACAGCGGCUCGUGCCCGUUUGUGACCGUUACUGUGUCCGGUCUGACUCUUUGUUUGUUCUGAGCCGGUUUACUUUAAAGGGUCCGGCUGUCUUGUUGGAUUAUCCAUCGGUCACUCGUCGCCGAGCCCGUGGCUGUACGAGCCGCAGUGCACACCGGCGAUACGGCCACACCGCGCCGGACUGUUAGGCAACUAGUUUAACAACAUAACCAGAUCACCAGCCCGUCCUCCACUAGCUGUUUGUCGUCCAUGCGACCAAGUCAGUGGCUGCACAACUGACUGAUUGAUUGGUUUACUGCUGGGAUGAGUGGCAGUUCCAUAUGUUAGGUUUAUUAAAAUGUGUUUCAGUUAGGUAGGUAAUAGUUUGUGUGCUUUCCAUUUCACAACCUUGUCAUCCAGUCCACGAUGUGGUGCGUAGGGUUUUUCACUGUAAUUUAGCGUAGUUCCAUAUUUCCUGUACUUCAGAGCUUUUCCCCGUGCACUCAAUGCCAUGCGUGCGUUUUACAUAUAGAAAGUCACUUUAGCAGCCUCCCACUGCCACUGGACUCUGACAACUACUUCUGUGUGUGUGUGUGUGUGUGUGUGUGUGUGUGUGUAUGUGUGGGGGGGUUUAUAUAAAUUAAUACAUUUUUUGGAGAAUCCAUUGGGAACUCAAUAACAGUGGAAGAUGAACGGCCUGUCUGUGAGCGAGCUGUGCUGCCUGUUCUGUUGCCCCCCGUGCCCUAGCCGCAUUGCUGCCAAGCUUGCCUUCUUGCCCCCUGAGCCCACAUAUGCCCUUUUGCCAGAUCUGGAAACGGGCUCAGUGCCCGCGAGUGGAGUGGCAGCUUCGGGUCUGCGGUCGCGAGGUGGCGGUGGAGGCAGCGGCGGAGGUGGCGGCGGAGGGGUUGGUGGGGGCGGUGGUGCCACUGGCGAUGGCAGGUGGAAGCUCCACUUAACUGAACGGGCAGAGUUCCAGUACUCCCAAAGAGAGCUCGAUGCCACCGAGGUGUUCUUGACCCGCUCCAGUCGUGGCAACAGAGUUUGCUGCAUGUAUAUACGUUGUGCUCCCAGUGCCAGAUUCACAGUCCUCUUCUCUCAUGGCAACGCGGUGGACCUCGGUCAGAUGAGCAGUUUCUACAUCGGUCUGGGCACGCGCAUCAAUUGCAACAUAUUCUCUUACGACUACUCUGGUUAUGGCGUCAGCACAGGGAAGCCCUCUGAGAAAAAUCUGUAUGCAGACGUUGACGCCGCUUGGCAGGCACUGCGAUCACGGUAUGGCAUUAGCCCAGAAAACAUAAUAUUAUAUGGCCAGAGCAUCGGCACGGUUCCCACAGUGGACUUAGCAUCACGGUACGAGUGCGCAGCUGUGGUUCUGCACUCCCCCCUGACGUCUGGUAUGCGCGUGGCCUUCCCUGACACCAGAAAAACCUACUGCUUCGAUGCCUUCCCUAACAUUGAGAAGGUAUCCAAGAUCACAUCACCAGUUCUGAUUAUCCACGGAACAGAGGAUGAGGUGAUUGACUUCUCACAUGGGCUGGCCCUGUUUGAGCGCUGCCCGAAGGCUGUGGAGCCAUUGUGGGUGGAGGGCGCUGGCCACAAUGACAUCGAACUGUACAGCCAGUACCUGGAGCGUCUGCGUCGCUUCAUCAGCCAGGAGCUCGCAGCCCAGCAUGCCUAAGCCCCCCGUGCCUAUCCUUCUGUCUCUGCUGUGUGUGAGAGAGCACGCACACGUCUCUGUCUGUGGUUAGGCAGACCACAUCUCCAGAACUCUGUGACUGAGUAGGUGCACACUUCCAUUAUAUUGGUUCCAGACUGAUUUGUGUCCUACUGGAAUUUUUAAAAAAAAAUUCCCCCCCCCCCUUAAGUGCAUCUUUUUUGGCUUUACUCCUUACCUUAUAAUGACAUAGCAUAAUGGCGCUAUAAAGAAUGAGUCCCAUUUUAGCAGUGUCGUGGAGUCAGAGUCGUAAGCAGUUAUUGGGUUACUAGAGCCAACACCCCAAAAAUUAGAGGUAUAAGUAAAUUGCAUGUAAAUUAGAGGUGGGCUGUGUUUGCCAGAUAAGUCGACACCCCCAAAAUAAUAUGCAACUUUCGGCCGGUGCUGUGGAGUCGGAAGCACUUUGAAGGUUUUGUGUACAGACUCCACAGCCCUGCAUUUUAGGUUCAUAUGAUUUUUCUAGUCAUAUCAGCCUUGCUCUAAGCCCAGUUGGAUUGUGAUUAUCCUGCAGUGUUUAGUGCCUAGACAUGCCCAAUACAUGCAUAAUCUUUUUAUUUUAAGAAACAAGUCUGGCACCAAUAUAGUCUCCCUUUCCCUGCCUUGUAUGUGAUCUCAUCUCAAACUGUCUGUUCACCUUGGUGUACAGUGUUACAGCUCUAGCCAUCAGCACACUGGAAGUCACCUCACCCUUCAUGUCCUCUUCAGUGGGUUUUUUUGUUUAUCCCAUUUGAACUGGGGAGAGACACCAUGCUGACACACUCUGAGUUGACCAUUUUUCUGGAUGGAGAGGGGCUGGUGAUGACUGGUUUUGUCAGCCUUUUGCUAGAUAGUUACCUGUUGUUCUGAGGGAGGAUCUCCACACCUGUGGAUGCUGGGAUGGAGACCAGCAGCCACUGCUGUUAGUCUCUGAGUUAUCCACAUAUGCAUGUGUUCUUCUGUAAAAUUUGUGGAAAAAAAUAAUGUAGAACACAAAUGUCAGACAAUUACCUGCAUCAUAUGGAUGCUAAAAGUCUGUUAUUUUUAUUGUCUGGUAACAACUUACUGAGUUUUUCUUCUUCCCCCCCCUUUACCAAAAUUGUUUUUCAAAAGCCAAGAACAAAAUGAAAGUACAGUAAAAGGCCAGCAUAGAUCACUCUCAUUAGAUUGGAUAUGUAACAAAUAUUAAUAUAACUUGCAGUUUGCCAGAAGCAUUCAUCGCAAACAGUGUGUUCAAUUAACUCAAUGUAUUGCGAACAAAACCAUUUUUUAAAUAGUCCUGUUGCUCAGUUAAGCAUUUACAAGAAUGAAGUGUAUGAUUUUCAUAGUUUUUAUUACUCUGCAGAAAUGCAGAAACAUCCCUAGUGCAUGUACACCUUUCUCAUAAAUACUGAUGUAUUAACUUUUCUCUCUGCAUUUUAUCUCUUUACGUAAAAUUUCACCUCUGUGUUUUAACUUCUAAGCAGUGUACCUGUUUAAGUAAUUUAAUGGUAAAUUAUUUUUAUAAGCACUGUACAUACAGCAAAUCAGAAGUUCUCUACUAGCUAUCGUGGAGCAAAGGAAUGGUGUGAAAAGGGAGAGCUGUAACUUGGAAGAGGCUAUAUACCACUGUCUGGCUGAAAAGUGAGUUCGGAGGAAUUUUUAAAUGAAAUUUUGACACCAGGUGUGCCCCCACUGUAAAUCUGCAGUUACUCUAUUGUUGAGCAUGUAAUUAUCCCUUGAGUGAUGGUUAGGAUUACUUUUUUUUUUUUAACGUAAGAUGACAUUUUAAGGUUAACUUAUAAAACUGAGUAAGUUUACAUAAAUGGUGUCUGGAUUUUUUUUUUUUUGAUUCUAUUAUAAAUUAACCACUCAAUGCUGGAUCACUAGAUCAGCAUCUGGCAAAUGAAUUAGUAGCCACCCCUCCUGUCUUGGAUGCUGAGGGGCUGUCUUUAUAGGAAGUUGUAUUAAGUUUAAUAUGUUUGAUUUAAUACCAUAAUCCAUGAACAUUUUAAAGAGGCAGUUGUCUGAAUGUUACCGAACUUGAAUACUUCAAAAUCUGUCAUGUUUUCAGAUGUACAGCUGAAGCAUUCCAGAAUGGCUUUGAAUGGUAUAAAUGCUUAAUUAUUUGUAGUCUUUAUAAGCAUGGGCUUAGCGCUGUGUAUCAUAAUUUGAUACAUUUUUAAAAUUAUUUUUAAAUCUAACUUGAAGCUGACUUGUGUAGUCCAUCUUCAGACCUCACAAGCCUGUUCUGAUGUCUAACUGGCCAGCCUGUUUUGUACUGAUACCUUGCUGCUAAAGAUGAGGAUCAAGGACAUUUAUUUGAAAAAAUGAAUGUCAAACAGUAUUUCCCAGGCAUUUUUGUGGGUCACAUUUUUCACGUAGCCAGUGUUGUUUUUUUAAUUUUAUUUUUUGUUAGUUAUAUAAGUUGUGCAGGUGCUGUGUUUUGCAUUCUAAAAAGAACACAACUCUAUAAUUUCCCUUGUUUGCGGUCUUUUUUUCCAAUAGGUAUUCAUUUGGUUGUAUUUGGUUUGAACAUGAAUUUUUUGCCUUAUUUGGCUCUUAAAUGUUUGCGAUGAGCACAUUUGUCAACGUUUUCCUGCUUAUUUCAGCUUGUUUGACAUGAAGGGUACCUAGUACUGGCUCUGAGUUCACCCACCUUUGGAAUCUGGGCUGCACCUCAUCCAGGUCGAUUGAAAAUACCUUGUGUCUCCCCAGUGUCCAGCAUCACAAAGCAGUGGCUUGAGACUCUGCAGGAAGUGCUGCUGUGAAGUGUUCUGCCACCCUGCAAAAACAUUGUUCUUCUGCUGUAUGGUGUCACUAAAUACCCUGAGCUUAUGUUCUUUAGUGGGGCAUAGAAACAGCUGGGAAUAUCAAUAUCCUUGAUUUUUAUUAAUCUUUUUGACUUAUGUAAAAUAUUUUUAUGUUUUUUUAUAGUUGGCUGGGCUCGAAGAUUACAAAAGACAGCAGGUUUCUGCUCAAAAAGCAACAGAAGGUGUGACUCUUGUUUUUACUAUUUGCAUAAAUCUUUUAGGGUUGUUUGAGUACAGAGUCCCAUCUACCACUGGAGGAUCAACAAUGCUACUCAGAAUUAUCCUUAAUUUGAAUAUUUAGCCUGUGGUGUACAGUUCAUCCAUAAUGCCACAAUGUAGUGAGUCUGACCUGGCCUGAGAAUGCAACCACUUGAAUACAUGACAAUGGUGAAGUGUUUUCAUGCGUGUGUGCAAGGUGAAAGGGUGGAGAGGACUAUACCUGGAAUGACAGAUAACUGUGUACUGUUGAUGUGAGACCAAUACACGUGUAGAGAUUUUUUUUUUUUUCUUUAUUUCCUCUCUCCCUUUAAUAAACUGAAGUUGAGCUUUUUUUAAUUGCUAAACAUGUAUGUAGUGUGUUGUGUUGGUUUUCUGCAUAGGCUGGGGAAAGAAAUUACGGGGUUGGGAUUUCUCAGUUGUAAUGUGUGCUGCUAGGUUAUUUAAGGAAUCCCCCCCACCCCCAGGUGAAAAAGAUAAAUGCAUUAAUAAAGUUAUUUAAUGGCAUAAGUAUAAGGUAAGCAAUGCUUACUGUUGAAUCAGUGCAGCACUGAGUUUUAGAGGCACUAGUUUCAACCUGGAUUUAAAUGUGAAUCAGAUUCCACUGUUGUAUGUACAUCUUUGGAUGAUAAUGUUACUAAUUCCUGGUCACAUAAGACUGUACCAGCAACAGAACUUCACCCACAGGUCCAAGAUUUUAUCUGCCAAAUAAUACAUAUACAUACAAUUUUAUAAUUCUUUAUAGCAUCCAUAAGGGUAAUUCAGCUGCACUAAUAUUCACAGUGCCACAAAUGUUUCCAUUGUUACUCAGGCCAAAUCUGAUGUAAGACCUCAUCUCAAUGUAUGAGAUUUGCAUAUGGGAAGGGGUCAUGAUUAUUUCUCAUGAUUAAAAUUGUCAGG